UCAUGUGAUGGUUGGAAGCACUUUGUAGGGAUAAGAACCAAGUGCAAAUGGCAAAUGAGUCCUGGUCAUUGGCUUUGCUCUGGGUAUCAUGUGGCCUUCUCCUUUCUUCCUGCACCCCAAUUAGGUCUCUCCCCAUUUCCCCAUUCUUGGUUUGCACUGGUAGAGUCUGAGGAGCAGCUUGUUCUCCCACAGUACUGUGAGGAUUGCUGGUGAUGUUCCCCAGCCUGCAGAGAUAUCAGCAAUGAUUUCAGUGAAAAGAUCAGUGCUGUCUGUCCAAUGCAGCUGAAGGGACAGAAGGCAGCAACUUGACAGGUGGUAUGCAUGUCCCCACUUGGCAAUCAUAUGGUAGAUCAAUUAGUGGCAUUUGCUACCCCAGAAGAAAGCAGUCAUAAUCAUGCCAAUACAGGAUAUUUGCAUAUUAAAUAUAAGGUUCCCUAUUCUGAAGCCAAACACAUUAUUGCUAAUUGUGGUAUUUGUGAGCCUUCACUUAUAAAAUGUAUUCCACCUGAAAUUAAUCCCAGAAGAAUGCAACCUAAUACAUCGUGGCAGAUGGAUGGAACCCAUAUUUCUGAGUUUGGUCGCCUUUCAUAUAUACAUGUAAGCAUAGAUAAUUUUUCAAAAUUUGUAUGGGCUACACCAUUGCCAGGAGUACGCACUGCUCAUGUUAUACAGCAUCUAUUGGAAACCGCAUUCUGCUGUUAUGGGACCGCCUUCUAAAAUUAAAACUGAUUAUGGACCAACAUAUAUUUCUUAUCAAUUUAAACAAUUUUGUCGGCUAUUCCGGGAAAAUGGCGACUCCUGCACGUGCUCCAGAGUUGCCGCUGCCCUGGAGCCUGCGACCUCCAUGGGCCCUGCUGGGGAACCCUGCCUGCGGGGCCAGCCUCAGCCCAUGCACAAUGUGCUCCCUGCCCCGCGGCUUCGAGCCCCCAGUUCCUGAGGACGUGGGGCGGCAGAGUUUGGCUGAGCUGCGGGAGAGGUUGAGGCGCCAGGAGAGACUUUUGCGCAAAGAAAAAUUCAUUUGCAAAUUGCCCUACAAAGGUAAAAAGAUCUCAGACACCAUUGCCAAACUGAAAGCUGCCAUUUCAGAAAGUGAAGAGGUCAGAGGGAGAACUGAACUACUUCAUCCUGUUAGUGUUGACUGUAAGCUAAGGCAUAAAGCAACCACAAGAGUUGAUACCGACAUAGACAAGGCCCAGAAUUCUGACCUGAUGCUUGAUACUUCAUCAUUAGUUCCUGAAUGUUCGUCAGUAGACAUUGAAUCAUCUAAAACAACCUCAGAAACUCAGGGACCUACACAGCUCACUCACAAGGGCAAUGAAGAGACUUUGGAGACUGGCUGCACAGUGACUACCAGAUUGUCUGUCCGCAUCACAGCCCAGGCUCCCCCAUCUUAAGUUAAUGAACAUCUCCCCCAGCAUUCAAGUCAAGCGGAAGAGGUUUCCAGCAGCGUCGACAGUCUGUUUAUCACUAAAUUGCAAAAGAUCACAACUGCAGACCAGACUGAACCCUCAGAAGAAAACACCAGCACUGAGAACUUUCCAGAAGUGCAGAGUGAGACUCCUAAGAAGCCUCAUUACAUGACAGUGCUAGAAAUGCGAGCUAGAAACCCAGUGCCCCCUCCUCAUAAGUUUAAGACCAAUGUGUUACCCACACAACAGAGUGACUCAACAAGUCAUUGUCAGAGGGCUCAGUCUCCUGCUUCCUCAGAAGAGCAGAGACGCAGGGCUAGGCAGCAUCUUGAUGAUGUCACAGCAGCUCGCCUUCUUCUGCUCCACCCCCUGCCUGCACAGCUGCUCUCCAUAGAAGAGUCGCUGGCUCUGCAGAAAGAGCAGAAGCAGAAUUAUGAGAAGAUGCGGGCAAAGCUCUCAGCACAGAAACUAGCUGAGAGACUGAAUAUUACAAUGCAGAGCUACAAUCCAGAAGGGGAGUCUUCAGGGAGAUACUGAGAAGUGAGGGAUGAAGAUGAUGCCCAGUCCUCGGACGAAUGCUGAAAAUGAGCGCUGGGAGAUCCCGGGAGUUGACUGUUGAGCUUAAAUUGUCUCAUCUAACUUCCUAACAAGUACCAAGACAGUGUCAGACCUUGUUGAGGGACAGCAGUUGAAGUUACACAAAGGUAGCUACAAAAUAAGAACCCAGUUUGUCUUUCAGAAGAUGAUCUUCACAUGCUUGAACAGUUCAAUAUUUGAACAUUGUGUUUGGCCGUAUUGUGUUACAGUUUUGCAGUAUAUUGUGCAUUGGUCUGAUAUUUUAGUGUGAGUAGAACACACGUUUUCUUUAAGAUAUCUGCUUUUUCCUUCUUCGUAUUCUUAUCAGAUAGCACUGCUUACACCCCUUCUGGUGAAAUACUUUGUUAUUCCAGGCACCUAAAGUGAAUUAGGAAGGCCUGGUCCCC